AUGAAGAAAUCAAUUGCAAUUUUUGGUUCCCUCUUUGUGCUGCUUUCGCACAGCAUCGUGUCGUCUGAAAAAGUAUGCAUCCAGAAGAAGAAAAAUAAUCUGGAGCAGGAUGCAAUGCACAUGUUGAUGAAGAAGUUGGAGAGUUUGUAUAAACUGAGUGCGACGGACAACAGUGAAGUAUUCGUCAAGGAAAUUGAGGCUUUGAAGAAACAGAUUGAGCAACUCCAACAACAUGGUGGGGUAAACGAAGGAGUAACUUUAGGCCAUGCUCUAGAAAACGAGGCUGCUAACGAAUCCACCAAGAAGACCAUUUUUGGAGUGGAUGAAGACGACCUGGAUAACUACGAUGUGGACUUCACUGGACAGAGCAAGGGCAAAAUUAAGGGCCAGUCAAGUAAGUAUCAAAAGAAAGUGGCUGGAAAUGAUGAACCGAAUGUGGAAGCAUCUGGUGUGGGAACGACUGGCACAGGUGAUUCAGGUACCGAAUCACCCCCAGGAACUACGGGUACCCAGAAUGCUCAAUCCGCAGAAAAUUCGGUAUCCCAGAGUACUCAAUCCACAGUUAGUUCCAGUGUUAGUACAGGAGAAUCAUCAGGCUCAGGUAACACAGGAGCUUCAAGUGAAUCAAGUCAGAGUUCCUCCGGAGAUGGAUCACAAAAAAACGAUGAAGUUGUACCCCCCCUACAGAAUAAUGGAGAGGUAACCUCAGAUGCAGCGCAAUCUUCCUCCCAAGCGGCACCAGAAGGUCCAGCCGCUCCUGCGGGACAAGCUUCACAUGCACCCGUCCCGGAAGUGAAGUACCUGGACAAGCUCUACGACGAAGUACUUAAAGGGGAAGACGGAAAGAACGGCAUUCACAUCCCCGAAUUCCACAGCAAAUAUAAUGAUUUUCGAAAGAAGUACGAGCUUACGAUGAAUGAGCAGGAGUACCAGAUGAUGAAAAAAUUAUUUGACGCCUUCUUCAAGAAGGGGGAGAGUACCAAUGCCGUUUGCCCCCUUGAAUUUUUCAAAAAAGUUUUGAAUAACAUGAGUUUGCAAGAAGAGUUUGACAACUUUCAGCAUGGUCUUUACGGAUUUGCGAAACGCCACAACUACUUGAGGGGCGAGAAGACGACAAAUGAGAAACUAUACCAUGAUUUGCUAAAAAAUAUCAUAAAUUUGCUAAACACGAUUGAAAUGAAGUAA